GGAGACAGAACCAUCGAGGAAGGCGCCUCCCGAGGGCGAUGCGGCUGCAGAAGGAGGAAGCGGGGGCCGGAGCUGCCGGACUUUAAUUUCUAGAAGUGAAUAAAACUGAUUUUGGAAGACAGGAUGACUACAGCUAUAGAAAGAAAGUAUGCUCAUAUUAGAAAAAGAUUGGAUCAGCUGGGUUACCGCCACACUCUGACAGUGGAGAGUUUACCGUUAGUAGAAAAACUUUUCAGUGACCUAGUUCAUACAACAGAAAGCCUUCGGCAGUCAAAAUUAUCUACUGUGAAAGCUGAAAAAGACAGUGCCAAUUUUGAUUUUGUUUUGGAACCCUAUAAACUUGAAAAUACAAGGUUGAGUAAGGAAAAUAAUGAAUUAUACCUGGAGUUAAUGAAACUGAGAGAACACUCCGACCAACACAUUAAAGAGUUGAAAACUACACUGAAGAAGAAUACACGUGAAACAUCUGAUCUCAAAUUUCUAAAUACCCAGUAUGUUCAUAAACUCAAACUUUUGGAGAAAGAGAGCAAAGCUAAGAAUGAAAAAAUUCAACAACUUCAAGAAAAGAAUUUACAAGCUGUAGUCCAAACUCCUGGUGGCAAGAAAAGAAGCAUUGCUUUUAGGCGGCAGCGUAUGCAAAUUGAUGAACCAGUUCCUCCCUCUGAAGUCAGUUCCUAUCCAGUUCCCCAGCCAGAAGACCCUUACAUUGCAGAUCUCCUGCAAGUGGCUGAUAACAGGAUUCAAGAACUUCAACAGGAAGUCCACCAGUUACAAGAAAAGUUAGCAGUGAUGGAAAAUGGAGUGAUAGAUUAUAGCAAGCAGAUUGAGCUAAGAGAACGAGAGAUAGAACGACUGUCAGUUGCUUUGGAUGGUGGUCGCUCCCCUGAUGUCCUGUCUCUGGAGUCUAGAAAUAAAGCCAAUGAAAAGCUUAUUGCUCAUUUAAAUAUUCAGGUUGACUUUCUUCAGCAAGCUAAUAAGGACCUGGAGAAGCGUAUGCAAGAGCUUAUGGAAAGCAAGGAAACAGUUACAUCUGAAGUUGUUAAUUUAAGUAACAAAAAUGAAAAACUGUGCCAAGAAUUAACCGAAAUAGACCAGCUAGCACAGCAGUUACAAAGACAUAAAGAAGAAGUGCUCCUGACCGCUGACAAGGAGCUGGGGGAAGCAAAGAAAGAGAUUAAAAGAAAAUUCUUUGAAAUGCGGGAUCUUGAAGAAACAGUUGCCAAACUUGAACUGGAAUUAAACUUAUGCAAUAAAGAAAAGGAGAGACUGAGUGAGGAACUCGUUGUAAAAUCAGACCUGGAAACUGUUGUUUAUCAGCUUGAACAAGAAAAGCAAAGACUUAGCAAAAAAAUGGAAAAUUUUGCAGUUACAGAAAAGGAACUAACUUUGGAAGUUGAAAGGAUGAGACUAGAACACGGAAUAAAACGUCGAGACCGGUCACCUUCUCGUUUAGAUACAUUUCUGAAAGGUAUAGAAGAAGAACGAGAUUAUUAUAAGAAAGAGCUAGAAAGACUCCAGCAUGCAAUACAGCGACGAUCUUGCUCUAUACAUUAUAAUACACGUGAAAAAAGUUCAAGUAAAACCCCAGAAAAGGGUGAUUACCAUGCAGAGAUUCAUGUGAUCACAAGAGAAAGAGAUGAACUUCAGUGUAUGCUAGAAAAAUUUGAAAAAUACAUGGAGGAUAUACAGUCCAACGUUAAAUUAUUGACGGCAGAAAGAGAUAAUCUAAGCGUCUUAUAUAAUGAAGCUCAGAAAGAAUUGUCAGCCCUAAGACAGGAAUCUACCCUAACUCCAACUUCCCAUAAUAUUGUUAGUCUUAUGGAAAAGGAAAAAGAACUUGCAUUAUCUGAUUUAAGAAGAAUUAUGGCAGAAAAGGAAUCUUUAAGAGACAAGUUACAUAGUGUCCAGGAAAUGAGUCUUCAUGGAAAGUCAGAAUUAGAAAAAACUAUUGAACAUUUGACAUGUGUUAAUCAUCAGCUUGAAAGUGAAAGAUGUGAAUUAAAGUCUAAAAUGUUAAUGAUGAAAGAAACAAUAGACACUCUAGAGAACAAAUCAAAACUUCAAGCUAAAAGACUUAGCUUUGCAACGGGUGACUCAUCUCAUCACAAAACAGAGAUGAACUCACUUAGGAUAGUAAAUGAGCAGCUACAGCGGUCACUUGAUGACUGUCAACACCGACUUUCCAUAAAAAGAGAGGAACUUGAAUCAGCCCACGCACAAAUUAAAAUACUGGAACAAAAUCUGGAUAAACUAAACCUUAAGAUGACUUCACAGGAUGAGGAGGCUCAUGUAAUGAAAAAGACCAUUGGUGUUAUUGAUAAAGAAAAAGACUUUCUUCAGGAGACUGUAGAUGAGAAGACAGAAAAGAUUGCAAAUUUACAGGAAACCCUAGCUACUAAAGAAAAAGCUAUUGCUCAGAUGACGGUAACAGUCUCAGAGUGUGAAUUAAGUAUAAACCAACUCAAGGAAACAGUGAGUAAUCGAGAACGUGAGAUAAACAGCCUCCUGCGCCAGCUGGAUACUGCUCGCAAGGAACUUGAUGAAGUAGGAAAAGCGAGAGAAAUACUUUUUAAAGAAAACAGAAGAUUACAAGAUGAUUUGGCUACAAUGUCGAGAGAGAACCAGGAAAUCUCAUUGGAGUUGGAAACAGCAGUACAAGAAAAAGAAGAUAUGAAGAAUAGAGUUCAUAGUUACAUAACUGAGGUGUCACGAUGGGAAAGCUUAAUGGCCACCAAGGAAAAAGAAAAUCAAGAUUUGUUAGACAGAUUUCAGAUGCUUCAUCACCGUGCAGAAGACUGGGAGGUGAAAGCCCAUCAGGCUGAGGGAGAAAGCAGCUCGGUCCGACUGGAGCUGCUUUCUAUUGACACAGAGAGGAGACACCUUCGAGAAAGAGUGGAGCUAUUAGAAAAAGAAAUUCAAGAGCACAUAAAUGCCCAUCAUGCUUAUGAAUCUCAGAUCUCAUCAAUGGCAAAAGCCAUUUCUAGAUUAGAAGAAGAGCUGAGAUGUCAAGAAGAAGAGAAAGCAGUAGUUUUAAAUGAUGUGUCUUCUCUCAGAGAACUUUGCAUUAAGCUUGAUUCAGGCAAAGAUAUUAUGACCCAACAAUUGAACACCAAAAACCUUGAGCUUGAGAGGGCUGUAGUGGAAUUAGAAAAUGUAAAAUCAGAAACAGACCUGUUGAAAAAGCAAUUGUCAAAUGAGAGACAAACUGUUAAAAACCUUGAAUCAUUGUUGGCUACAAAUAGAGAUAAAGAAUUUCAUUCUCAUUUAACUUCCCAUGAGAAGGAUACAGAAAUUCAGCUACUUAAAGAGAAGUUAACCCUUUCAGAAAGCAAAUCAACUAGUCAAACUCGGGAAAAUGCCAUGCUCCGAGCUAAAGUGGUACAGUUAGAGACGGAUUAUGAUACUCUGAAAAGACAGAUUUCAAAUGAAAGAUACGAACGAGAGCGAGCAGUCCAAGAGAUGCGUCGACAUGGUCUUUCUACAUCACCCUUUAGUUCUACUCUGAGGUCUCCUGAAUGUUCUCCUGAACAUUUAAAUAUAUAA